UCCUUUAUCCCUUUGGUUUAUUCCGGCGAGGUCAACUUGAUAGGUUCAAAGGUCACAAGAUCGGGGUACGCCGGCUGUAUACGGAAAUAGGUCUCUCCACGUUUUACAGAAAUCAUCACGUCGUUUGAUAUAGCUAUACCAGUGGGAUGUCUGACAAGGUGCAGAACUGCCCCUGUCCGCUAGGGUACGUCAUCAGGAAGGCCACGCCUGAAGACUGCGGGGAUAUAGUCAGGAUGAUAAAGGAGCUAGCGCAACAUGACGGGUUGGGACACAAAGUAGCCAUCACAGAAGAAAAAUUAAGAGAGGAUGGUUUUGGAGAAACCCCUUAUUUCCACUGUUUUGUAGCGGAGACCACACCGAAAACAUCUUCAGGCACAUCCGUUCUCGCUGGAUACCUCAUGUAUUUCUUUAUGUAUGAUUCCUACAACGGACGGUUCUUGUACGUGGAAGAUUUCUACGUGUCUCCGUCUCAGAGGGAAUCAAGACAAAUCGUAGGCUAUGCCAUGUACUUCUUCAUGUAUUGCACCUUCGUGGGAAGGGUGAUCUUUUUAGAAGACUUCUACGUAUAUCCUCAAUUCCGCGGCUCUGGAAUCGGUACGGAGCUAAUGAAGAGAGUUGCACAGGUAACUGAGUGA